GGUACAUGAUGCUGAUCAAUGGAAAGAACGAAGUGUACAUGAUCGACAGGGACAACACGAUCUUCCACAUAGCAAACCUCGAGUUCCCUUUCCGGAAGGAUCUACGCGUCCAUUUAUCCAAAACGCUACUGGAUGGGGAGAUGAUCAUCGACAAGGUGAAUGGUCAACCAGUCCCCCGCUAUUUGAUAUAUGACAUCAUCAAAUUCAAUGUGAGUACCCUGCACUUUUGAAAGCGACCUCUUAGC